GCCGCAACUAGAGAAAGCCCACACACGGCAAUGAAGACACAACACAGCCUAAAUUAAUUAAUUAAUUAAUUUAAAAAAAUAGACUCCCCACCUUGGUGGACGCUGAGCUUUAAUUUCAUUCCUCCUUACCCUACAGAGUUCUCAUAAUGAAAUUCAAGUUUGCCCAGAUUGGCAAAUACCCUCAGAGCAAAUUUGACUUUCAUGUUUGCUUACCUGUCCCAAUUCCUGAAUUCCUAUAGUCUUUGGUCUCCUACCUCUUAUCUUGUCAUCUCUUCUGUGCUUUCAAGAAUAUUUUUAAACUAUUUUAUACAGCAGUUUUUAGUUGUUGGGGUUUUUUUUUUUGGCAGCAAGUUGGCCCCAAUAACCUUAGCAAUCAGAAGACCCUCUGCUUUAUCUUUUCUUCCUUUUUAUUGAUUUCUGUUCUUUUAUAUAUUUUCUCCCUCCUUUGUUUUUUGUUCUUAUCCUUGGUUGUUUUUUUUUUCCCCCUUACUUCUUGGGUUGAAUGCUUAGUUCAUUAUUGCCUUUUCUUUUUCCAUGAUAAGGCUAUUCUAUUCUAAGUUUCUAAAUUUCCCUUAAAGUACGCCUUUCAUUGUAUUCCUUAAGUUUUGGUAUGUAGUGGAGGAGUGAUUGCUCAAAGCCUAAUUGUCUUCAUCAACUCACCCCAGCAGGGCUAUUGCGCUACCCUGAUUUUUUUCCUGUGAUACCUGUACUCAAUGUCUGGAUAAUGCGGCCAAUUUUCCCCAUCAGGGGGCAGCAAUGGUUGCCCAAAGCAAUGCUGGAAGAGAUAAGAGCAUAAUUUAAACUAACUUUUUCUGGGACUUCCCUGGCAGUCCAGUGGUUAAGACUCCACGCUCCCAAUGCAGGGGGCCCAGGUCUGGGAACUAAGAUCCCACGUACUGCAGCUAAGCCCACGUGCCUCAACUAGAGAAGCCUACAGCCAAAAAUAAAUAAAUAAAUUUUAAAAAUAUGUAAACUAAGUUUUUCUAUUCAGUGUUUUUCAAUACUGCCUACAUAUGAAAAUCACAGGGAGGUUUUUAAAAAUACUGAUACCUGGGUCCUACCCAGAGAAUGUUCUAAUUGGUGUGGGGUGCUGACUUUCAGUGACUGUAAUGUGAAGCUGGCAUUGAGAGCCACUUCUCCAAUUUAUCUGCUCACUGCCACCAAGGCCCAGACUUCAUCUCCCUCCUCCCCACUCACACUCCCAAUUAAUUUUAAACAGUCUUCUGCCUUUCUCAAAGCUGUUAUUGCCUGGUUUCCGUGUUUCUCUCUAUUGUUUCUCCAAGUGAAUUUGGGGAAGGAGGCAGAAACCCUGGUAAUUUACCACAUUGGCAGGAAUCAGAAUUCUCCCCCAUGUUAUUUGUCUUCACAGGAGGUCUCAGCAUGAGACGGCAGCACUGGUGUGGGAUGACUGCCAAAAUGGGCUCCAUGUUAUCAGGGGUCUUUACCAUCAUGGCCAUCGACUUGUACCUCAUCUUCGAACAGAAGUACUUAAGGAGAAGCAAUUGCACUGAGCUUACCCCACAGACCAAGAGUACAAGUAUCCUGAUAAAACAGUUCAUGAUCUGCUGGAGUUUGACUAUCGUCUUCUUCCUAUCUUUCAUCACCAUCAUCAUCUGCUUCUUGCUCCUAUACUCAGUAUAUGCCCGUAUGUACAAGGGCCUGGUGAUCUACAUCAUCUGGAUCUUUUUCUAUGAAACUGUAAACAUUGUAGUACAAACGCUUACCAAUGAUGAUUCUAACAUUGGAGAGGUCAGAAUCAUGCGCUGGUUUGGUUUGGUGUCCCGUAUAUUGGUGCACUGUUUUUGGAUGUACUUUGUCAUCACCUAUGCCUACAUGAUCUACGAAAACCAAAGCCAGGGCAAUAUCAUUUCCUACAACAGACGUAUUUCUACAGGCAGUGAAUUCCCACGGCGGAAAUCAAAGAUAAUACACUUUACCCACCGGCCACUAUAGUGAACGACGUUGGCCCUUUUCCGUGAUAGGCAGAUCUCCCAGGUUCUCAUGGUAGUUCAGUUUCCAUCUCUUUCACUUUUCAGCAAGCAGAGACUCUACUG